AUGGUUACUAAAAGUAAAGUUGGUACUUUCAAGUCUAAAGUGUUUAGCACUGUGGUAAAAGACGAUGAAUCUGUGGAUGUCUUUGAGGCUUUGCAGUAUCCUUCUUGGAAGCCUCUUCCUAUUGAUUGCAAGCUAUUAAGGUGUAAGUGGUUAUUUAAGAUCAAAAUGAAGCAUGAUGGGAUGAUUGAUAGACUGAAAGCUCGCUUAGUUGCUAAGGGAUAUUCUCAAAAGGGUGGGAUUGAUUUUAAAGAGACUUUCAGUCCAGUGGUUUGCGCUGCACAAUUCGUACAGUUCUUGCUGUUAAUGUUUUAA